GUCGAGCGAAAGCAACGCGUGUGCAAUCCGGAAAGCAUCCUGCCGGUGGAGCCUGUGUUGCGGCAAGAGAGCGAGAGGAAGCGACCCCGAACGCUGGGAGGUGUGCGCGCGUAAGCUGUCUACGGAAGUAACAAUUUGGCGCGCGACAAACGUCUUCGCCGUCGUCAUAGUCAAUCGCGGCAGCAGCAUUAGCAUCGAUGCCGGUGGCACAGCAGGAGCUGGCUCGAGCUGCGUGCUGGACGUUCGAUCAGAUCCCUCAGAUUUUUAGCAGCGAGCAGGUCGUCAGCAGUCACCAUGGCGGAUGUCCUGGCCAAGGGAGGUUGCGGAGAUACUCUGGAGCCGGUCGAGACUUCGAAGAUGGAGGGCAGUGAUAUCUCCGUCGACUCUCAGCAGCAGCUGAGCCCAUCGUCUUUGAAGCGGCACCUGCGGAAGGCCUACGGCCGCCGGCCCAUGGAGCUCGUGAGCCGGUACUUCCGAGCCAUCUUUGACCUGGCGGCCUACGCCAACAAGGCGGCGUUCCUGGCACGCUGCCGCGCCACGCGGGUCGUACCACCAGACUACCGCGUCGAGUGCCGCGAUAUCAAGAACACUCGCCACAUCGUUCGCAUCCUGGACAAGUGCAGCUACAAGCUCAUGCUGGCCGACCUGGACUACAACCGUAUGCGCAAGGUGCAGGUAUCGCGCCUGCUGGAGCUACUCCACGAGAAACUCGAGAAGGCCCUGUCUCCCGAAGAUCUCCAUAGCGUGUUGGCCCUGUCCAAGGCCAAGUACGAGAAAAUAUUCGAGGCCACCCGAGAGCAGCAGCGCAGCUUGUUCACCGAGCUGCUCAAGGAGUACGAGAUCAACGCCAAGGAAGAAGGAGAGAACGAGGAGUGAUGCCGGGGCGGAGGUGGCUUCACCCAAGCACCCGAGGCUGUCCAGACCUCAGCCAUCACAUUUUUUUUUUCUUUUUUGUUAUGUUUGGUCGCCAUGAAGAGACAUGUCCAUUCCGUUAACCAGAGUGCACAAGCCCAAGUAUGUUAGUGCUUCUGACGUGCAGAGCUCGGCAACCGCAACGGUUAGGUGAAUGAGGGCAACUUCAAUGGCAUUUGUUAGUGUGGACUCUAUGUAACCAAGAGGCUUUGUUAUGUUUUUACCAUGUAUUUGUUAGUUUGUGACCAAGAAGCUUUGUUAUGUUUUUACCAUGUAUUUCCUACAGUUUGUGCCCAUUAAAGUUCAUUCUUACAAUACAA